AUGGCAUCAGCCCAGUCUUCGAGCCAACUCGAUCCUGGGCCGGGCUCCCGCAGGCGUCUAUACUCGCCCACCUUUUCCGAAGCCUCUACGAGCACAAAUCUUCCGUCGAUCGGAGACUCAUCACACACUCCCACUUUGCCCAAUACCGGUCCGCUCAUCGCCGGGCGGGAGCCGCUCAAACGUUGCGCCUCCUCGUCAAUGCAAACCUCAGCAAGACGUUACCUCCGAACCUACAGGUUCUGGCGAUAUGUCCUCGUCACCUCCAUAGGCCUGCUCCUCCUACUCCUCUUCACAGGCCCACCAAACUUGCACAACCUGUUUGCCACGAUAAUACCCAAGCGGCGAGAUACUGGGACAUCGCACGCUAUUCUUCAGCCAGUUGGCGCCAGAGGAGAUUAUGGGAACAAGGACAACAAUCCGGUACAAUGGCUCCAAGAUCACUCCGACUUCAACUUUCACUUGCCUGGUUCUCGUACCCAACGUCCUCGCGCGGCACUCAUCAGUCUGGUGAGGAAUGAAGAACUCGAUGGCAUUCUGCAGAGCAUGCGUGACCUGGAGUUUCACUGGAACAGACGGUACAGAUAUCCGUGGAUUUUCUUCAACGAGAAGCCAUUCAGCGAAGAGUUCAAGGCUGCUACUUCGAACGCAACAGACGCGCAGACAGAGUACCAUGUGGUGCCUCAUGAACACUGGCAGACUCCCUCCUGGAUAGACCACCACCGGUACAUGGACACGCUGGACUAUCUUGGUACGAUCAGUGUCGGAAAGGGUCACAUGUUGAGCUACCACAGCAUGAUCCGUUGGCAAUCCCUCUGGUUCUACCGCCAUCCCGCAUUACUGUCAUACAAUUGGUACUGGCGCGUCGAGCCAGACGUCCACUUCUUCUGUUCCAUCCCCUACGACCCUUUCUCCUUCCUGGAGCAGAACGAGCUGGUCUAUGGUUUCAACAUGGCCAUCCUCGACGACGCGCGAAGCUUCACGUCUCUGUGGUCCGUCACGCGCGCCUUUAUCGAAAGGUACCCGGAGCUUUUACACCCGGACGCCGAUCUCGACUGGUUGCUCGACCCCGACAACGGCGGCGAGUACAACAACUGUCAGUUCUUUUCCAACUUUGAGAUCGCUUCGCUCGGUUUCUGGAGGUCCGAGGGACCGAGCAGGUACGCCGAGUGGCUCGACGAGGGCGGCGGCUUCUUCUACGAACGCUACGGCGACGCGCCCGUGCACACGCUCGCGUUGGCCAUGUUCGCCGCGAAACAGGACGUCUGGUUCUUCCGGGACAUUGGCUAUCAGCAUGACAUAGCGAGGCAUUGCCCCCCUGCCGGCGCUCGUAUUCCAUCAUCACCACCACCACCACCGUCGCCGCCGGUAUCGAAGCAUGAUGAAUCUGGAUCACAGCAACGGAAACGGGAACACGAUGUGGACGUGGAUGUCGGAAUGGGCACUUGCGCGUGCGAGCCGAGUGGUCUCGACGCGAACUUCUACAAACUUGUCCCCAUGGAGAGUCCGCAGGUGAAGCCGGCCGACACGUGCAUCCGGUUGUGGCUAGGUGGGCAGUGGCUGGCCAAGAAGGAAGGUUGGAAACAGGACGUUGAACGCGCCUUUGGCGGAGAUGGAUACGGAGGGUACGUGCUGGAUGGAAUGUAA